UGCUGCUUAGCAACCACGUAGGCAUAAUCUGCAGAACACAGGCGCGAUGGUGGAAAAAAUGACUUCUGGAUUAAAUUAACAGAAAGUUUGAAAUUACAACAACCUGUCGAUAAACGAUUCCACACUGUCUGAGGCAGUGUUCCAGGUGAACAAUGUCCUCCAGUUUUGAUGACCCUCGCAAGAAGUUUAUCCUGACGACAGCUGGAAACUUCUGUGGAUUAAAACCUUUAUCCUCCCUUGCUGACAGCCCAGAGCUCAAUAUCUUCUUGGAUGAUGGAAAUGAAUUUGUCCUGGCCAUCAGCAAGCAUGACAAGGGCCUUCACUUGUCAAAUCAGAUUGACACAUCAGGUGAUUCUGGAGAGAAGGUGGUGGUGUUCUUCAAGCUGCAUCCCACAGUGAUAACAGAGAAAAACCUUCACCAGAGCCUCCUGGUGUCCUCCAUGAUGGGCUCUCCGAUCAACACCCUCUACCAAAGCGUUAGACAGGUCUUUGCUCCUGUGUUGCUCAAGGAUGAACGCUGGCGUUCAGCAUUUGACCCAAAGCUAGCCGGGCUGCUGAGUGAGCUGGAGGUGGGACUUGGCUCAGUUGUCCGCCAUUCUGGACCAAAACACUGUACCAACAAGGAGCACAUGGAAGAGGAGGUCUUGGGCAUCCUAACCCCCAGUGAUGAAUUCCAGUAUUGGGCAGAUGUCUCUGAAUUUGCAGAGAAGAAUCUUUGGAGAGAACGGGCAAGCUAUUUCAGUGAGCAAUUUAAAACCAUAGAAAAGGGGUACGGUGGUUUGGAAGGUCUGUCUAUGUCUGAUGUGGCGGAGUUGGUAGAGCAGAGCACAGAGACUCUGGACGAUGUCUGGAGGCAGGCAGAUUUCAGUCCUUAUCCAGAAACACGCAUGGUGCGACUCAUGGAUGUAAUCGGUGGAGUCUUGGGGCGAUAUGUCCAGAAGAAGCUCAGUGAUCUAGAGAUUUUUAGGGAAUCAUUUGUUUCUGUGAGAGAGAAGCUGAGAACAGGUGUUGUCAUAUGUGAGCAGUGGGUGGCAGCUUGUGAGCAUCUAACUGGACAGGUAUGGAAGAGACACGCUCCUCACCCUUGGAAAGGAAAAAUGCACUCUCCGCAAACACUGAAAUGUUUAGCAAAGAGACUGGAUGAGGUGGUUACUCUGCGUACAGUCCACAAUAAACUACUUCACCUGUUAUCAGGAAAGCAGCAGAAUCUGACAUCAGAGCACGUGUUUGAACCUUUUAGAGGACUUAAUCCUCUGUACUACAACCCCUACACUGAGCCUCUUUGGAGGGCUGCGGUCACUUAUUUUGAGCGUUUAAUGGCCCCAUCAGAGCAGGAGGUGGCUACCAGGCUAAAGAGCUACAUCACUGAUGUGCAAGACAAGCCUCUGCAGCUUUUGCAGGUGUUUCACAGACACAAGGAACUGAUCAAAAGGCCCACCAUCAGCAAAGAGCUGCAGUCAGAGAGAGAGACGCUGCUGACCAGAUUACUCGACUACAACAAGAGCUUGAAGAGUGACUUUGAGGGCCAUUGCCACAGACCCACUGGAGAUAGGUUUGGGCCACACGUUGGCAGGAACCUCCCUGAGGUGGUCAACAAGAUUGUUUGGGUCCGACAGUACACACACAAGGUGGAGGACUCUGCUGGCAUUGCUGAGUCUCUGCUUUCAGAUCUCUCUGGCUUCAAGGACUUUCUCCAUUUCUGUGAUGACCUGCUAGAGAUCCUCAGGGCAUAUGAACAGGAACAGUUUGAGGACUGGUCCAGAGAUAUUCUGUCUGGUCUGGCUGAUCCCAAGUCUGGGCUCAGCCUCCAGGCCAGUUACCGUGUGAUGGAGCUCGACAGUGUGGAUGGCAGAUUGAAAGUCCAGUACUCAGACAGACUGGUCAGUCUGGUGAGGGAGGUCAGGCAGCUCUCUGCACUAGACUUUGUUAUCCCUGCCAAGAUUCAGCAUGCUGCUGAUACUGCAGACAAAUUUUACAGACAGGCUAUUGCUCUAAAACAAAUUUCACAUUUCUACAACACUAUUGAUCAGCAGAUGAUUCCCUCACAGAGACCUAUGAUGCUUCGUCUUGCUUUGGCCUUUGAACAGGUUAUCAAGAAUCCUCACUCUCAGUCAAAGGAAUCUGGUAGCAAAGUGCAGAUCACCUGGGACAACCCAAAAGAGCUAGAGGUUUACAUUGCCAAGCUGCAAUCUGCUGCUGAGAAACUGUCCAUCGAGAACAGGAACCUAUGCAAAUGGCAUGCAGACUUCACUGAAAAGGUGGUGACACUGAUGAAUGUGGAUCUACUUCGACACCAGCAGAGGUGGAAGGAUGGCCUUCAGGAUAUCCGGACUGGCUUUGCUACUCUGGAGGCUCAGGGCUUCAGGUCAGAUGAUAUGCGUGCAUGGCGGCAGCACUGGAAUCAUCAGCUGUACAAAGCUCUUGAACAUCAGUACCAGAUUGGACUGGAAGCUCUGAACAAAAACCUUCCUGAAAUAAAGAUAGAUCUCAUAUUCAAGCAAGGGCGUCUGCAGUUCCGACCUCCAUUUGAGGAAGUACGAGCACGUUACUUCAGGGAGAUGAAGCGAUUCAUCUCCAUUCCAAACAUGUUCAAAGGAGUCAUUGCCCAGGGGGAGGAGCUUAUCUUUAGUGUCAUGAUUGACAGAAAUGCCUCUGGGUUUCUUACCAUCUUCAGUAAGGCAGAGGACCUGUUUGGACAUUUGCAGGCUGUACAGAGCAAAUUCAAGGAAUGGGUGGUACUGGGCCAGGUAGAUGUGGAAAAGUUAGUAGAGAAGCAUCUGAAAUCAGCACAGGACUGGGAGAUGAACUUCAAGGCCCUGAAAGCUCGUGGGAAGGAGUCAGAUCGUUUGCCAAGUCAGGAGAGUGUCGACUGUAUCCUGGUCAACUGUGAACCAGUAAAAGCUGUUAUCGAUGACCUCAUCCAAAGGCUAUUUGAAACCUUGCUCAUGUCACUCAGAAAGUCUGUCCAAGGCCACACACAAAACAUAGACAGUUUUGUGUCAGAGUCAAUAAAGGCCUUGUGCACCCGCCCAGAGACCAUGGAAGAGAUUAGUUUGGCCAAUGGCAAAUAUAAGCAAAUAUUAACCCGCAAACCUGAAAUCCUACCUGAGUUCCAGUGUGCUGAGGAGAAGAACCGCUUACUGCGAGCAGUGGCUGGGGCAGGCCUGGACUCUCUCACUUCUCUGAAAGCGAAAUGGGACAAACUGGAGCUUGUUAUGGAGAGCCACCAACUAAUGAUCAAAGAACAGGUGGAUGUAAUGCGAGGCAAUGUGGAAGGUUAUAUCCAUUCCUACAUGGCCGAUCUGGAACGAUUUAAAGCUCGCUGGGACCAGCUAAAACCCAAAGAUGAGAUUCUGGAGACUGGCGAUGAAGCUGCCCUUCUUGGCUGCCUACAGACCAUCAGAGACAAACAUGAAGAGUUCCAAGAUUUGGAGAUCAUCCGCAAUAAACUCCUUGAGGACUGUUCCUACUUUGACCUGGAAGUGCCAGAUUUCUCUCUAGCGGAGGAGGCUAAAAGAGAUCUAGAGGAGUACAGCCACAUGUGGAGUCUGUAUGAUGAGUGGCAGCAGGGCUUCAAAGAGAAGGCUCAGGAAGACUGGAUAACAUUCAGGAGUAAAACAUAUGUGUUUGAGGAGUUCCUGUUUGCAUGGCAUGAUAGACUGAGAAAGCUGGAGCAGCCUACUGCCAUUUCUAUUAAACUACAAGGACAGGUGGACAAAUACAAGAAUAUGGUCCCAGUGCUGAAAUAUGUGCGUGGGGACCACCUGUCUCAGGAACACUGGUUGGACAUGUUCCGUUUGCUGGGUCUCCCUAGGGGGACGACAUUAGAGAGACUUACCUUUAAUGAUCUGCUCAGUGUGGCAGUCACCAUCGUGGACAAGGCCAUGGAGCUGAAGGAUCUGAACAGUCGUGCACAAGCAGAGGUGACAAUCAGAGAAGCUUUGAGGGAGUUGGAUCUGUGGGGAGCUGCAGCUACCUUCACCCUCACAGAGUACACAGACAGCAGUGGCCGUGCGCUCACCCUCAUCAAAGACUGGAAGGAUAUUGUCAGCCAGGUGGGAGAUAACCGCUGUUUGCUGCAGUCUCUGAAAGACUCUCCAUACUACCAAAGCUUUCAGGACAAGGUCAGUCUGUGGGAGGUUCGACUGUCCGACUUAGAUGAAUAUUUGCUCAGUCUGAAUACAAUCCAGAGGCGCUGGCUGUACCUGGAGCCUAUAUUUGGACGAGGGGCCUUGCCCCGUGAGGAAGCUCGCUUCAAGCGGGUUGAUGAGGACUUCAGGUCGAUAAUGUCAGACAUUCAGAGGGACAGCAGAGUGGUCUCUCUGAGCUCAAGGGCUGGCAUCAGAAACUCUUUGGUUACCAUACUGGAUCAACUACAGCGCUGCCAAAAGUCACUCAAUGAGUUUCUGGAGGAGAAGCGUUCUGCAUUUCCACGGUUCUAUUUCAUAGGAGAUGAUGAUCUGUUAGAAAUUCUCGGCCAGGCAACUAAUCCGACAGUGAUCCAGUCACACCUCAAGAAACUGUUUGCUGGGAUCCACAGUGUGAUGUUUGAUGAGCAGUGCCAGCAGAUUAUUGCCAUGUGUUCUUUAGAAGGAGAGGUUGUACGCCUCAGAAACUUUGUACGCAUCUCUGGCCUUGUGGAGGUGUGGUUGGGUGAGCUGUCUGUAGAAAUGAAGAACACUCUGAAGCACCUGCUGUAUGAAUGCGUGUCAGCAGGGAAGAAAGGGGAAGUGGACCCCUCAUGCUACCCAUCACAGAUCCUGUGCCUAGCUGAGCAGAUCCAGUUCACCGAAGAUGCAGAAAGAGCAAUAUUAGAUCAGAACCUGCAGCAGCUGGAGCUGGAACUUGGUGCCAAAUUAGAACAUUACACUGCUGUGGACACCAGCAAUGAUAACCCAGCUAACACAGAAUCCAGUGUCCUGCAGCUUAAGCUGAAGGCCUUGAUCCUGGAUAUUAUCCACAACAUCAGUGUGGUGACGCAGCUUAACCAGGCAGGCGUCAGCAGUCUUGAUUCGUGGGCCUGGAAGAAGCAGCUGCGUUUCUAUAUGGGGCCAAGCAAAUGCUGCUACAUACAGAUGGUGGAUGCACAAUUCAGCUACACAUAUGAGUACCAGGGGAAUGCACCUAAGCUGGUGCACACACCACUAACUGAUAAGUGCUACCUGACUCUGACCCAGGCCAUGAAGAUGGGACUUGGUGGGAACCCCUAUGGACCAGCUGGCACAGGCAAAACUGAAUCUGUGAAAGCACUUGGGGGGCUGUUUGGACGUCAAGUGCUGGUGUUCAACUGCGAUGAGGGCAUUGAUGUGAAGUCUAUGGGAAGAAUCUUCGUGGGUCUUGUGAAAUGUGGUGCAUGGGGCUGCUUCGAUGAGUUUAACCGCUUAGAGGAGGCCGUUUUAUCUGCAGUCUCCAUGCAGAUUCAGGCCAUUCAAGACUCCCUCAAACAUCACAAGCGUACAUGUGAAUUGCUUGGGAAAGAGGUUGAGUUGGAUCCAAACUCUGGGGUGUUUAUUACAAUGAACCCGGUGGGUAAGGGCUAUGGAGGGAGACAGAAGCUUCCGGAUAACCUGAAGCAGCUAUUCAGGCCUGUGGCCAUGAGCAGACCAGACAAUGAGCUCAUUGCUGAAGUCAUCCUUUACUCUGAAGGCUUCAAAAAUGGAAAAGUGCUGGGAUGCAAACUGGUUGCCAUCUUCAACCUUGCUAGGGAGCUGUUAACUCAGCAGCAGCAUUAUGACUGGGGCUUACGUGCUCUGAAGACCGUGCUGAAGGCCUGCGGCGGUCUAUUACAGCAACAGAGGAGGCGCUGUGACAAAGACAAGACUCAGGAGAGCAGUCUGGUGGUUCAGGCAUUAAGACUGAACACCAUGUCCAAGCUGACAUUUGCGGAUAGCUCCAGGUUUGAUGCCCUGGUCAGAGAUGUAUUCUCUGGGGUGAAUUUCAACCAUGUGGAGGACGAGACCCUAAUUAGUGCACUGAAACAAGUCUACCAGGAAGCACGACUCGAGCUUAUACCUAACCAGCUGAAGAAGGUGUUGGAGCUAUACGAGCAGCUGAAACAGCGUAUGGGUGUAGUGAUUGUUGGGCCUAGCGGAGCAGGAAAAUCUACUCUCUGGAGGAUGCUACGGGCAGCUCUCAGCAAAACAGGCAAAGUGGUGAAGCAGUACACAAUGAAUCCCAAAGCCAUGCCCAGACAACAACUGCUGGGGCAUAUAGACAUGGACACGAGAGAAUGGGCUGACGGUGUUCUCACACAUAGUGCCAGACAUGUGGUGAGAGAACCGCAGGAGGUCAGCUCCUGGAUUAUAUGUGAUGGUGACAUCGACCCAGAGUGGAUUGAGAGUCUGAACUCCGUACUUGAUGAUAAUCGCUUGUUAACGAUGCCAAGUGGUGAACGAAUCCAGUUUGGACCUAAUGUUAACUUCCUAUUUGAAACUCACGACCUUAGUUGUGCCUCACCAGCUACGAUAUCCCGCAUGGGCAUGAUCUUUCUCAGCGAUGAGGACAUUGAUGUGCCUGCCUUGAUGAAGUCAUGGUUGAGAGGUCAGCCAGAAGACUGUCGUAGUAAUCUAGAAAACUGGCUUGGCGACUACUUUCAGCGGGCAUUGGACUGGGUAUUCAGACAGAAUUCUUUUGUAGUGGACACUAGCCUGGUGGGAACAGUCUUUAAUGGUCUGUCACACCUUAAUGCUGUGACAGAAAGAGGUCAGUUCAUUGUGGGACUUCUUCGAGGUUUGGGAGGAAACCUUCACCUCAAAGCACGGCAGGAGUUAGCCACAGAGUUGUUGAGCUGGGCAAGGGAAAGCCCCCCAGACAGCAGGAAACCACUGGACACCUACUAUGACACAAACACAGGCCAUCUAGCAUCAUAUAUCUUUCAGCGGCCUGAUAGUCUUACUCUGGAACAGCUUGCGCACACCCACACACUGCCUGUUAUUGAGACUCCAGACAUGCAGAGAGGCCUCCACUGCUUCGCCCCGUGGCUUACUGCUCAGCACAGGCAGCCCUUCAUGGUUGUUGGGCCAGAGGGCUGUGGAAAAGGCAUGCUCCUGCGCUAUGCCUUCUCUCAACUGCGUUCUACCCAAGUCGCCAUGGUUCAUUGCAGUGCCCAGACGUCAUCUCGCCACAUCUUACAGAAACUCACUCAAACAUGCCUGUUGCUCAGCUCUAACACUGGUCGAGCCUACAGACCCAAAGACUGUGAAAGCCUGAUCCUUUACCUGAAAGACAUCAAUCUGCCAAAACCUGACAAGUGGGGAACGAGCAACCUCAUUGCAUUCCUACAACAGGUUUUGACUUAUAAGGGAUUUUAUGAUGAAAAUCUGGAAUGGGUAAGCGUUGAGAACAUCCAAGUAGUGGCCUCCAUGUCAACAGGCGGCACUCUGGGAAGUCAUUUACUUACCUCCCGCUUCUCCUCUAUAGUUCGAAUAUGUACCAUAGAUUAUCCAGACAGGGAGCAGUUGCACACAGUCUACUCUGUCUACCUGCAGCCAGUUCUUCAGCACAGCCUUGGCAGUGAGGCAGCCUGGGCUACAUCAGGAAGAACACACCAGCUGGCCGGGUCUUUGGUGCAGCUUUAUGAACAGGUGAAAGCAAAGUUCACAAUGGAUGAUCACAGUCACUACCUUUUCACUCCCUGUAUCCUCACAGAGUGGGUCCUGAGUCUGCUGCGAUAUGACCUCACUGCAGCUCAAUCUAAUGUGACAGGCAGUGUCCUGGAGGUGGUAACAUACGAAGCCAGGAGGUUGUUCAGAGACCGGCUAGUUUCCAUCAAGGAUCAACAUGUCUUUGAUAACAUGCUCUCCUCCAUCAUACGAGGAGAAUGGAACUCUGAUGCUCUUGAUAAUAUGACUGAUGGCUUCUAUGUGACAUGGGGAGCAUCAGAGGGCACUGUGAUGGCUCCAGGUCAGAGUCUACCACCUCAUGGCAAGCAGCUGGGACGCCUUGAUUCUGCUGACCUGAAACAGGUUAUCAAAAAGGGAGCAGCGCUGUACAGCCGUGAUAACAGGGAGCUGGAUCUUCUCCUAUUCUGGGAAGUCUGUGACUUUGUGUCCAGGGUGGAUCGUGUACUGAGCCGGCCUGGAGGCUCUCUGCUACUGGCUGGCAGGAGUGGGGCGGGUCGGCACACUGCCACAUGCCUGGUGUCACACAUGCAUGGUUACACACUGUACACACCUAAGAUCUCUCGUGGGUACACGCUUAAGCAUUUCAACAAUGACCUAAAGGCGGUCAUGCAGCUGGCAGGUCUGAAUGGCCAACAGGUGGUUUUAUUGUUAGAAGACUAUCAGUUUGUCCACCCGGCAUUCUUAGAGAUGAUCAACAGCCUGCUGUCCUCAGGUGAAGUUCCAGGACUGUACACCCUAGAAGAACUAGAGGCUCUCCUGUCCUCUCUCAAAGAUGCUGCUUCCCAUGAGGGAUUCCCUGGACCCCUGUACAACUACUUUUCCCACAGAAUCCAGCAAAACCUCCACAUUGUUCUGAUCAUGGACUGCUCCAGCUCCAACUUUACAAUCACCUGUGAGAGUAACCCAGCUUUCUAUCGGAAGUGUUCAGUCCAGUGGAUGGAAGGAUGGUCUGAAAGCAGCAUGAAAAAGAUUCCUGAACUGCUGCUGGCAAAAACAGAUGGAGGAGAGAAGAAGAACAAAGAUGAAAUGGACACAGUCAGUACAAGCUCAGGGACUCAGCAGGGAGAACUGUGUCGUUUGUUCCUGGCCAUCCAUGAGUCAUGCAGAGAACAUGGAGCAACGCCAAGCCAGUACAUGUCCUUUCUACGUGUUUAUUCUACAUUAUAUAGCCGUAAGCGGAGCCAGCUGACAAUGAGACAGCAGCACUUGCAGGCAGGUGUUUCUAAAUUAAACGAAGCUAAAGCACUGGUUGAUGAGCUCAAGAGGCGGGCAGCAGACCAAAGUGCACUUCUCAAGACUAAACAACAGGAGGCAGACUCUGCUCUUUUGGAAAUCACCAACUCCAUGCAGAAUGCCAGCGACCAGAAGACAGAGAUGGAAAAGAUCAAAGGAAAAAUAGCCCAAGAGGUUUCCAAGAUCGAAGAGAGGAAGGCCAAAAUAGAUUUUGAGUUGAAAGAAGUACAGCCUUUGGUAGAUGAAGCAAAGCACGCAGUGGGAAACAUCAAGCCAGAAGCGCUGUCUGAGAUCCGGUCUCUGCGCAUGCCUCCUGACAUCAUCAGAGACAUCCUAGGAGGGGUGUUGAGACUGAUGGGUAUCUUUGACACUUCCUGGGUUAGCAUGAAGAGUUUCCUUGCUAAACGUGGAGUGAGGGAAGACAUAGCUACAUUUGAGGCCAGGAACAUCACUCCUGAGAUUCGCCAGAGUGUGGAGGAGCUGCUCAGUGAGAACAAAGCCUCCUUUGACCCCAAGAAUGCAAAGCGUGCGAGUGCAGCAGCAGCUCCUCUGGCUGCCUGGGUCAAAGCUAACGUCCAGUACUCGCUCGUCCUUGAGAGAAUAGAGCCACUGGAGAGAGAGCAGGCCGGACUGCUGGAAAAUUUGAGGAAAACAGAGAGCAGGAAGAAUAAGCUGGAAGAGGAGCUCAACUCUGUUGGAGCCAAAGUCAAUGAGUUGAAAGACAAGUUUCAGUGCCAUACAGCGGAGGCAGCCAAGUUGGAGGCUGAGGUGACGAAGGCUCAGGAUACAAUCACCGCUGCCCAGCAGCUCUUAUCCCAGCUGGAUGGAGAACACACACGGUGGAACACACAGAUGUCUGAGAUAAAGAAUGAGCUGGAAACAUUGCCUAUGAGGGCCAUGCUGGCAGCAGCUUUCAUCACCUAUCUGUCUGCAGCUCCAGAGGACCGUAGACGACGCUGUCUGGAGUCAUGGAUGGAUCAAUCUGGACUUCAGAAGUUUGACUUGCGGUUGUUCCUGUGCUCCGAGAGCGAGCAGUUAAUCUGGAAGAGUCAAGGGCUGCCAUCUGAUGACCUCUCCAUGGAGAAUGCACUUGUGAUACUCCAGAUCAAUACACUAAAGAGUGUUGCCUGUCCAUUCCUGAUUGACCCCUCAUCACGAGCUACACAGUGGCUACACACACAUCUCAAAGACCACAGACUGGAUGUCAUCAACCAGCAGGAUAGUAACUUCAUGACAUCCGUGGAGUUGGCAGUCAGAUUUGGGAAGACUCUUAUCAUUCAGGAGAUGGAUGGAGUAGAACCUGUGCUCUACCCGCUGCUGAGGAGGGAACUCAUAGCACAAGGUCCGAGAUAUGUGGUUCAGAUCGGGGACAAGGUUGUUGAUUACAAUGAGGACUUCUGUCUCUUCCUGGCAACACGGAAUCCCACUCCCUUCAUACCAGCUGAUGCUGUUUCGGUGAUAACAGAAGUCAACUUCACUACCACCAGGGCAGGCCUGCGAGGACAGCUGCUAGCCUUGACUAUGCAGCAGGAGAAGCCAGAGUUGGAGACUGAGAAAACAAGACUUCUACAAGAAGAAGAAGAAAAGAAGAUACAGUUGGCCCAUUUGGAAGAAUCACUGCUCGAGACAUUGGCCACAGCUCAGGGUAAUAUUCUGGAGAACAAGGAGCUGAUAGAUAGUCUGAACCAGACCAAGGCCAGCAGUGCUCUGAUCCAAGAGUCAUUACUGGAAUCACACAGACUGCAGGCGUCAUUGGACCAGGAACGGGAUGUCUACCUCCCUCUUGCAGAGAGUGCUAGCAAGAUGUAUUUUGUCAUCACAGACCUGUCAAAGAUCAACAACAUGUAUUGCUUCAGCCUUGCCUCAUUUUUGCGCCUUUUCCAAAGGGCUCUUCAAGCCAAGAAGGAAACUGAGAAUACUGAGGCUAGAAUUGCUACUUUGGAGGCGAGCUUGAAGAAUAUGGUGUAUGAAUAUGUCUGCCGAUCACUUUUCAAGGCAGACCAGCUGAUGUUUGCUAUGCACUUUAUGAAAGGAAUGCACCCACAGCUCUUUCAGGAGAAUGAAUGGGAUGUUUUCACUGGAUCCAUUGUAGGAGAAAUGUUUAAGAAAGAGGAGUUUCCUUCUUGGAUCGAUCAGGAGAGACAUGGAGCAGUGGCGAUUUUUAAAGCUACCUUUCCAGCCCUGUACCAGUCUCUGAGUUUGAGUGACUCAGAUCUUUGGCUGUCAUUCUCGCAGAGCUCAAACUGCGAACAGGAAAUCCCAUCAUCUGUUGCCAAGAAGAUGAGUCCAUUCCAGCAGCUGUUACUUGUUCAGGCAGUAAGACCAGACAGACUGCAGAGUGCCAUGGCUGCCUUCACUUCUCAGGCUCUGGGUAUGAAGCAGCUCUCUCCCCCACCUCUGAAUCUGCAACGUCUCUGCAGCGAGACAUUGGAAUCUGAGCCCAUAUUAAUCAUCAUCUCUCCGGGUGCAGACCCCUCCCAAGAGCUUCUUGAAUUAGCUGUGGAGCUCAUAGGCAGGGACAACUAUCACGAGAUCUCCAUGGGUCAGGGACAGGCUGAUGUGGCCUUAGCAACACUCCGAGAAUGCUCCAGAAAUGGAGACUGGCUUUGCCUGAAAAACCUCCACCUUGUCACUGCAUGGCUGCCCCUCCUGGAGAAGGAGUUGAAUGUACUGAAACCCAAAGCAAGUUUUCGUCUCUGGCUGACAGCAGAAGUUCAUCCGAGAUUUCCUCCAAUACUGCUGCAGUCCAGCCUCAAGAUCACGUAUGAGGCUCCUCCUGGAUUGAAGAAGAACCUGUUUAGAACUUAUGAAUCCUGGACUCCAGAACAGAUCAGUAAAGAAGGCAUCCUGGCCAGAGCUCAGUCUCUGUUCUGUCUGGCGUGGUUCCAUGCGGUAUGCCAGGAGAGGCGUAAUUACAUACCACAGGGUUGGACUAAAUUCUAUGAAUUUUCUAUGUCUGACCUGCGUGCUGGCUUUGAGAUCAUCGAUCGACUUUUUGAAGGUGGUAAAGCUUUCCAGUGGGAAUUCGUCCAUGGCCUUUUGGAGAAUGCCAUCUAUGGUGGACGCAUCGACAACCCUUCCGACCUCUGCAUUUUACGCUCCUAUCUGAAGCAGUUCUUCUCCUCACAUCUUCUCUCCUCGUCUCUCUCAGCUGGGCAGCGUAAGAGCAGAGGAGGAACACAAAUCUUUCCAUUUCAGAUCAUCCUCCCAAAGUCUUGUUCCAUAAUGGAGUAUCGCAGUGUAAUUGAGAAUCUCCCAGAGGUUGACAAGCCUGCAUUUUUUGGUCUACCUGCAAACAUAGAGAGAUCCUCCCAGAGAAUCAUCAGCUCCCAGGUCAUCUCUCAACUGCGUAUCCUGAGCAGGUCAGUCGCAGCGGGAUCAAAAUUUGACAGGGAACUGUGGUCACAUGGGCUUUCACCGAUCCUUAACUUAUGGAAGAAACUCAACCAGGGUUCUACUCUGAUCCACCAGAAAGCGACCCCACCCGCAGAAGGCCAUGGGUCACCAAUUCUGUCAUUCAUCACUCUGGAGCAAUUUAACUCCAUCAGCUUGGUCCAGAGUAUUCAUCAUUCCUUGGCUGCACUGAGCAAGGUCAUCAGAGGGACCCAUCUGCUCACUCCUGAAGUCCAAAAACUCGCCACUGCAUUGCUCAAUCAAGAGUGUCCUUUGACAUGGCAGAACAAAUGGGAAGGUCCAGAGGAACCAAUGCAGUACCUUCGAGCUGUGGUCACACGAGCACUUGCCAUACAGAGCUGGGUAGAGCGAGCAGGUCGACAAGCUCUUCUGUCAAACACUUUAGAUCUAUCGGAGCUUUUCCACCCUGAUACGUUCCUCAAUGCAUUGAGACAGGAGGCUGCCAGAUCUUUGGGCUGCUCCAUGGACAGCUUGGUGUUUGUGUCGUCAUGGCGAAACCCCAUUAAAGAGGCCAAACUGCAAGUCAAGGUUGGGGGUCUCCAUUUGGAAGGCUGCAGUUUUGAUGGUGUCCAUCUUUGCGAGAACCGGCACGAUUCUCCGAGUGUGUCUGCCGUGCCACCCUGCUACAUGGCCUGGGUGCCGCAGAAUUCAGCUCCUGACUCGGUUGGUUCAGAGGACAGUAUUUGGCUGCCUGUGUAUUCCAGCUCAGAGAGGGUCAAGGCUGUCACAUACGUGUCUCUGCCCUGUGGAGCAAAUCCCAACAAGUGGAUACAAACGGGAGCUGCUCUGUUUCUCAAACAACAAUGAAUGGGACCUUGCUGAUGAACACAACACAAGGUUAUAACAUUCAA